CAGAGAAAUGGAGCAGAUCUGGGUCGACUCUCAAGCUGGCAGUCUGGGAUCUGUGAAGUAUCAGAAGCUACUUUUCCAGGAAUCUGAAUCUGAGGAAGAGGAAGAGGAUGAAGAGGAGGAGGAGGAGGAGGAGGAGGAAAUGAAAGUGGUGCUAUUUCCAGACUCAGGUCACCAAAGGGCUCCACAAGCAAAUCCUGCCCAAAGCAGACUGAAGAUCUGGACUGGGAUACUUUCAGCCCUCCUGCUGCUUGGACUAAGCUUCUACUUGGCUGCCAGACAGUUGAAGCUCACGGGGGCCUCUGACCAACCCCAGGAAGUGGCAGCUGAUCAGGUCCAGAGCCUUGAUCACCACACAUCUGGACACCACCACAGCCCUGGCGUGUACCCUCAUGGAGCGGUCAUCAGUGAGUCAGACACGUGUUCCAUCCUGGGGAGAGACCUGCUGCUGGAUGGGGGGAACGUGGUGGAUGCAGGGGUAGGAACUGCCCUCUGCCUGGCAUUAGUGCAUCCCCAUGAAACAGGAUUGGGCGCUGUGUUCUGGGCCCUCUUCCAUAACAGCUCUUCCAAUCAAACCACAGCCCUGAUGCCGGCUCCAGCCCAGGCUCUUGCGCCCGGCCUGGGAAUGCCAGGGGCUCUGCCUGCCCUCCGCCUUCUGCACCGAAACCUAGGCCGUCUGCCCUGGCCCCGACUGCUGGCUGCUACCAUAGCCCUGGCCCAAGAUGGCUUCUCCGUGGACAAAGCCUUAGCAGAGGCGCUGGCGGAGCGGGGUGCAGCGGGCCAGGCCACAGGCCUGUGCCCACUACUGUGCCACCCCAAUGGGACCGUGCUGGGCCAGGGCAGCCACGUAACCAACCUGGGCCUGGCUGCUGUGCUCCAGAGAGCUGCCCAGACUCCCGAAAGUGAUGGCCAGUUUCUGAGGGCUCUCCUGCGCCCAGUGGCAGAGGACUUGUACCUAGAAGAGCCCCUGCAUGCCCGCCUGCCCACCCUGGAGCCAGCCGUGCAGCUUGCGUUGCCCCAAGGCCUGCUGUUUACCACCCCAAAUCCCACAGCUGGUGAGCUACUACUGAAGAUACUGAGGAACCCCCUGCAGGCAGGGUGGCUCCCCUCUGACCCUUGCCCUGAGCUCCUGGCAGCUGCCCAGGGUGCAUACGCCGGGGCCGCUCCUGCAGCCCCUGUCGGCAGCCUCCUGGCAGCCAUGGACAGAGAGGGCUCCGUGCUCCUCAUGGCCUCCUCCCUCAACAGCACCUUUGGCUCCGGGAGGCUACUGCCAUCCACAGGUAUCCUCCUUAGUGACUUUGUGGAAGAUUCCCAGACUCUCAGCUGGGCCUGCCCUGCCCUGCUGUGCUGCGGACCUGAGGGUGAUGUGCUGGCUCUGGCAGCUCCCGGAGGAUCCUCAGCACCCCUGGCUGUGGCCAGGACCCUGCUCAGCCACCUGGUUCUUCAGCAGCCCCUGCCCGAUGCCGUCACUCAGCCCCAGCUACACAUCCAGCUUGGCUCCAACGGGGCCCCCCUGACCUGCAGGAAGACCUCUCCUGAAACAGGGGCCCCCCGCCCUGAGGCUCUGCUCCUCGUGACCACCCAGGCUGAACACGUCAGGGCCACAGGCGUUCCGGCCAGCUCCUACCCUUCCCGUGGGCAUUAGCCCAGGGAGUUAUCCCUGCCUCGCAAGCACUUCUGGGGAAUGGGGACUCUGUCAGAGGGGGUACUAGUGUCCGGCACUGACCUCCAGAGGUGGUCAGGGAGCCGCUGCUGCUUCUGCAUGCAAAGGGGGCUAUGUGGAAAUGCUAAGGGAGGAACCUGGGAAGCAUCUGUGGCACUGAGCGGUCUGCCAGGGGGCACUAAGGAAGUGUGAGAAGUCACAGGGACUAUUAAUGUGCUAUUGCCAGAGGCAGCCAGGUGCCCCAGU